AAAAACGAUAAAUUAACAAGAGAGCUGGUUGGCUCUUUACAAUUCAAAGAUCUCUUUUUUUUUUUUUCCUUCUUUUUCUGUUCUCUCCGUGUGAAGAUGGAAAUUAUUUUGAUCCAGUAAUCCUUUUCUUCCUGUCAAUUGAUAUAUCUGGGUUGGUAGCAGUUUCUCUGCAGAUUAACCAAGAGAGUGAGGAGAGGAAGAAGAAACCAUGGGGUGGAUUCCCUGCUCUGGGAAAUCAAACACUAAAGCCAAGAGCAAGAAGGAUGAUAAGAAAGUGAACCAGAAGCAUCUUGAUCAGAUCAAUUCAACUUCAGAGAAAUUGAGGUCAAAUUCCUCCUUGAGUGCCAGGGAGGCAGCUAAUAAUGGAGGAUCUGAUCACAUUGCAGCCCAGACUUUCACAUUCCGUGAGUUGGCAAAUGCAACUAGGAACUUCAGAGCUGAAUGUCUUUUGGGUGAGGGAGGAUUUGGGAGAGUUUAUAGAGGGCGUUUGGAAAACCUUAAUCAGGUUGUAGCAAUAAAGCAGCUUGAUCGUAAUGGAUUGCAAGGGAACAGGGAAUUCCUAGUUGAAGUAUUGAUGCUAAGUCUACUACACCACCCUAACCUUGUUAAUUUGAUUGGCUAUUGUGCUGAUGGAGAUCAAAGGCUUCUGGUUUAUGAAUAUAUGCCCUUAGGAUCUUUGGAAGACCAUUUACAUGACAUUUCUCCCGGUAAGAGGAGACUUGAUUGGAAUACAAGAAUGAAAAUAGCUGCUGGAGCAGCAAAGGGAUUGGAGCAUUUGCAUGACAAAGCUAACCCCCCUGUUAUUUAUCGAGAUUUAAAAUGUUCCAACAUUUUGCUUGCUGAAGGAUAUCAUCCCAAGCUAUCUGAUUUUGGGUUGGCCAAGCUUGGACCUGUUGGGGAUAUGACCCAUGUAUCAACAAGAGUUAUGGGUACCUAUGGAUACUGUGCUCCAGAGUAUGCAAUGACAGGCCAACUGACUUUGAAGUCAGAUGUUUAUAGCUUUGGCGUUGUUCUUCUGGAAAUCAUAACUGGGAGGAAAGCAAUUGACAAUUCAAAAGCUGCUGGAGAGCAGAAUCUGGUUGCAUGGGCGAGACCUUUAUUCAAAGAUAGAAGAAAAUUUUCUCAAAUGGCCGAUCCGAUGCUCCAAGGUCAAUAUCCUUCAAGAGGCUUGUACCAAGCUCUUGCUGUGGCAGCAAUGUGUGUUCAGGAGCACCCUAAUAUGAGGCCAGUCAUUGCUGAUGUUGUUACAGCUCUAUCAUACCUGGCUUCACAGAAGUAUGAACCUGAGACACAGCCGGUCCAGGGCACUUAUCUCCCGGCCACUCCUCCUAGAACAAAGAGGGACAGGGAUAGAAAGGUUAAUGGCAGUAAUGGAUUAGAGAAAGAUCGAAACAAAAGGUUAAGUUAAGAUUUUGGUUGCCCAGUUGCUCCAAUUUCUAACGAUCAUUGACUUCUCUUAGACUCGCACUGUGGAUAUAAUUUAGCAAGAUCAUAGAUGUCUUAUAAAUAUAACGUUUUGAUAAAAAUUUAUGUGAGAGAUGGCUCCAAAUUUUAAUUGGAAUGCUCCAAGAUAGAAAUAGAGACAUGAUGUCUUGUCAAGCCUUGUAUUAUUUUUUGAAUUUAGAAGUGUGUUAAAGAUAUGUUGCCUGAUUUCUGUCCAGGCUAUGGUUUUGUGUC